AUGGCCGACUUCUUGGGUAUCGUAGCCAUUGUUUUCUUCUAUGUGCUCAUUCUAGUCGUCGGUAUUUGGGCGGGUAGAAAAUCAAAGAGCACGAAAGAAUUGGAGUCAGAAGUAGGUGCACAGACGGAAGAAGUGAUGUUAGCGGGGAGAAACAUUGGAACUCUUGUUGGAAUAUUCACAAUGACAGCCACGUGGGUUGGUGGUGCAUAUAUCAAUGGAACUGCUGAAGCACUUUAUAAUGGAGGUCUACUUGGAUGUCAGGCACCAGUUGGAUACGCAAUCUCAUUGGUAAUGGGAGGAUUAUUGUUUGCAAAGAAAAUGAGAGAAGAGGGAUAUAUCACAAUGUUGGAUCCAUUCCAACACAAGUAUGGUCAACGGAUUGGUGGAUUGAUGUAUUUGCCAGCUCUCCUUGGAGAAACAUUUUGGACAGCAGCUAUUCUUUCGGCUCUUGGUGCAACCUUGUCUGUAAUUCUCGGAAUUGAUAUGAAUGCAUCAGUAACUCUCUCUGCUUGCAUCGCAGUAUUCUACACAUUUACUGGUGGAUACUAUGCAGUUGCAUACACUGACGUUGUCCAACUCUUUUGCAUUUUCGUCGGAUUGUGGGUUUGCGUGCCAGCUGCAAUGGUUCAUGAUGGUGCAAAGGAUAUAUCGAGAAAUGCUGGAGAUUGGAUUGGAGAGAUUGGAGGAUUCAAAGAAACGUCUCUUUGGAUUGAUUGUAUGCUUCUUCUUGUGUUCGGUGGUAUCCCAUGGCAAGUGUACUUUCAAAGAGUUCUCUCUUCAAAGACAGCUUCCGGUGCUCAAACUCUUUCGUUUGUCGCUGGUGUCGGAUGCAUUCUCAUGGCAAUUCCACCAGCAUUGAUUGGUGCAAUUGCAAGGAACACUGACUGGAGAAUGACUGAUUACUCCCCAUGGAAUAAUGGAACUAAAGUUGAAUCGAUUCCUCCGGACAAAAGAAACAUGGUGGUCCCCCUCGUCUUUCAAUAUCUCACACCUAGAUGGGUCGCUUUUAUUGGUCUCGGAGCAGUUUCAGCUGCUGUAAUGUCAUCUGCUGACUCCUCCGUUUUGUCUGCUGCAUCCAUGUUUGCUCACAAUAUUUGGAAACUGACAAUUCGUCCCCAUGCAUCUGAAAAAGAAGUGAUUAUUGUAAUGAGAAUAGCCAUCAUUUGUGUCGGAAUAAUGGCAACUAUAAUGGCUCUAACAAUUCAAUCAAUCUAUGGACUAUGGUAUCUCUGUGCUGAUUUGGUCUACGUUAUCCUUUUUCCUCAACUUCUUUGCGUUGUCUACAUGCCGAGAAGCAAUACAUACGGAUCAUUGGCUGGAUAUUUAGUUGGAUUAGUUCUUCGUUUAAUUGGAGGAGAACCACUCGUUUCAUUGCCAGCAUUCUUCCACUAUCCAAUGUAUACAGAUGGAGUUCAAUACUUUCCAUUUAGAACAACAGCAAUGCUUUCGUCUAUGGCAACUAUUUAUUUCGUAUCAGUUCAAUCGGAGAAGUUGUUCAAAUCAGGACGUUUGUCCCCGGAGUGGGACGUAAUGGGUUGUGUAGUUAAUAUUCCGAUAGAUCAUGUGCCCCUCCCUUCAGAUGUCUCGUUUGCCGUUAGUAGUGAAGCCUUGAAUAUAAAGACACCAAACGGAACACCGGCUCCGCCUCCACACCCGAACCUACAGCCGUCUGAUGAGAACACGUUAUUACAUCCUUACUCAGACCAACAUUAUUAUUCAACCUCUAGUAAUUAA